CCCGCCGGCUAACCAUUCAGUUGUGAAUAAUUGUUAGUGAAGGGAAGAGUGGGAAGCACCCAACGAAUACGACACAGGAUGAAGUUAGCAUUUGUGCUGCUGGUGGUGGCGGCGGUCGCGGCGACCUCCCUCGCCAAGACGGUGCCCAAGUCCGGAGGCAAGAAGUCCGGCCUGCCGCUGGAGCUGGUGAGCGCCAUGUUUGGCAAGUUCCCGGAGAAGAAGGUGCCGGCAGGGCGCACGCCGAACCCGCGCUUCGUUGAGGCACGGUUCGAGUCGCGUGUCAACCACUUCGACCCACAGAACCGGGACACGUUCGAGUUUAACUUCCUGUGGAGUGAUGAGUACUAUCGCCCGGGAGGCCCACUGUUCGUCGUCGUCGGUGGCCACCAUCGGCUCAACCCGUACUUCAUGGAGGACAGCCACUUCAAGGAUGUGGCCGCGCUGCAGGGCGCUUUCCUGGCCUCGAACGAGCAUCGUUACUUCGGUACCAGCUCGCCAGUACCUGACUACUCGUCGGAGAACCUGCGCUUCCUGCGCACGGAACAGGCUCUGUUCGAUCUGAUCGAGUGGAUCGAUUUCCUGCGCCGUGAGGUUAUGGGCGACCCGAACGCACGCGUCAUUCUGCACGGAUUCAGCUACGGUGGUGCACUGGCCUCGUGGGCCCGCCAGCGCUUCCCGAACAUCAUCGACGGUGCCUGGGUGUCGAGCGCUACCGUCCGCGCGACGGUCAACUUCGAGGAGUUCACCGAGGACUUUGGCAACACGAUCCGCAUCAAGGGCAGCGACGAGUGCUACAGUGCCAUCUUCCGCGCGUUCCACACCGCGGAGAACCUGCUCGAUGCUGGACUUACCGAACAGGUAUCGUCCAUCUUCAACACGUGCGAGCCGAUCAAUACGGAGAACCAGAUCCAGGUGGAGCUGUUCCUGCAUCUGAUGGUGCUGUCGCUCGAGAUUUCCAUGUUCGAAGACUUCAACAUCGACAACGUGAACCGCGUGUGCGGUGUGCUGACGGACGAACAGUACGGUACGCCGAUGGAAGCGUUGGCCGCCUACCUGAAGGACCGGUACGUGGAGAUCCGCGACUGCUUCGAUCUGUCGUUCGAGAACUUCAUCUCGAUCCUGGGCGACGAGUCGCUCGAUGCCAUCCAGAACGAGCAGUACGGUUUGCGCCAGCUGAACUACCACAUCUGUACCGAGUUCGGCUACUUCCAGACGGCCCAGUCCCGCGACCAGCCGUUUGGCUCCAAAGUGACGUACGAUCUGUUCCUGGCCGAGUGUGCCGCCGUGUUCGGUGACUGGCUGUCGGCCGAUGUGCUGUACGAUGGCGUGCGCCUGACCAACCUACACUUCGGUGCUACGGACCCGCGCAUCACCAACGUGCUCUACACGAACGGUGGCAUCGAUCCGUUCCGUCAUGUUUCGAUCACCGAGUACACGAACCUGCUGGCGAACGCUCGCGUCACGCCCGCCGCUUUCUACACCGAGGACAUCCGCGCGAUCAGCGGCAUGGAUUCGGAGGAGAUGCUGGAGACGAAGAACAUGGCCGAGCAGUACAUCACCACCUGGCUGGGAUCGCCGAUCAGCCCGUUCAGCCGAUACAUCCGGAAGUGAGCGACCAAACGGGGGGAGGUGAAUUCCGAACAGGGAAGGGGAGAGCAUUGGAGAUGUUCAUCCUCCGGGGAAUAAUUGGCAGGAUGUUUCCACAUCUUCAAACAUCGCCACCACCAGCCGGUGGCGUUGCGUAAUGUAAGCGGACUCUUAGUUUGACCAAUUAAAAGCGAUAAUGCGAGCCCAAACCGACGACUGCA